AUGCUACACUUCAAGAAGACCACCCAGAAGCUGAAGGAGCAGCAGCAGAGCCCAGGACCUUCCCCCAGAGCCUGCUGCAUCCUUCUGGAAGAGCAGACCAGACUAAAGAAGAGGCUUCAUGAUCUGCAAAAGCUGAGAAAGGAAUCUGGGAACUGCCCCCAAGACAAGGUCCCGUUCCCAUGUCCUGAGUUACCUUUUGUAUUUCGAGGCCACACUCAGCAGGGCAAGGAAGGGCCCAAGUCUUUGCUUUCCAACCUACGGAUCUGUAGCCCUCUGCCUAGAGGCUCUGCUUUGGUCACCUUCGAUGACCCUGAGGUGGCCAAGCAAGUGCUGCAACAAAAGGAACACGAGAUCUGCCUGGAAGAAUGUCGGCUGCGGGUGCAGGUCCAGCCCUUAGAGCUGCCCAUGGUGACCACCAUCCAGGUAUCCAGUCAGAUCGAUGACCGGAGGGUGCUGGUCAGUGGGAUUCCUGUAGGGCUCAAGUUGAGUGAGGAGCAGCUGCUGGACAAGCUGGAGAUCUUCUUUGGCAAGGCCAGCAACGGGGGCGGUGAUGUGGAGGUUCGAGAAUUCCUGCAAGUGGGUGUCAUGCUGGGAUUUGCAGAGGAUGGAGUGGCUCAGCGUCUGUGCCAGACUGGCCAGUUCAAGGUGCCAUUGUGUGGGCGGCACUUCCUUCUAAGAGUCUCUCCCUACAUGAGUGGGGAGAUCCAGAAAGCUGAGAUCUCCUUCCAGCCAGUGGCAGGCUCAGUGGUGGUGCUCAACAUCCCUGAUGUCAUGGAUGGCCCAGAGCUCCACGAUGUCCUGGAGAUCCACUUCCAGAAGCCCACCCGUGGGGGUGGGGAGGUGGAGACAUUGAAAGUCGUGCCCCCUGGACACCAGGGCAUGGCAGUCUUCACCUCACUGUCAGUUUAG